UUUGUCCCUCAGGUAUUUUAUUGUGUAAAACCUGAAACUAUGAGAAGCAAAGUAUGGAGAGUGCCUCUGUUUUGCAUAGCUAUUUUACGCAUCACGUUAUUCCUUUUCAAAACACACGAUGACGAUAUUCUUAUAGACUGCAAGAUAAACAGAAGAAAUGGCAACUGAAAACAGUAAGACUACCAAAACCAAUGUAGACGCCGGCUUCUUAUAAGUGCGCUCACGCCGACAAACAAGGCUCUUCUCUUUCCACUACGUCAUUCUUUCACGGUUGACAUGACAACAUGACUCCAAACAUCCGUUCUCUCAGUUUACUUCACCAGUGUAAGGCCCUUUAAUGUAUACUGUCUUUUAAUAUCCACCGUGAGUAGGCUAUUCAAAUUACGGUCAUGUUAGUGCUGUCAAAAUAACGCUGUGAUUGAAGCUGUCCAGGAUGGAUGUCUCUGCAAGCUGUGCGUCAGACGAUGCUGAUGCAGAAAAACAGUCGGCGAAUAUUGACAGCUCAAAAAGGAACUCUGAGUCUUCGGGCAGAAAGUAUGUCAAUGUGUUACUGGAUCUCAGUGAAGAGGAUUACUGCAUUGAGAACAACGUGUAUUUGUUGCAGAGCCGCACUGGCUGGGAAGACGCUGUUGAAGGGUGGGCAAGAUUUCCCUCUUUCGCUGCAUUCCCUCAAUCACAAAGAAAAGGUAAAAACAAGCAAGACGUCAUCGUUUCUCAUUGCCUUCUAUGCGCGGACCUUAAACCAUCUGAACUUGAUUCUCAAACCCCUCUGAAUCCUGCAAAAGAAACUCACAACACACUCUCCUCUCCCACUUCAGACGAACUCUACUCCUUUAGCUUAUCUCUGAAAAAUAUGUCAGGGCCAUUAAUCAAUAAACUGCUGUCAGGAGAGGAACUGUCUGCACAAAAGAAAUCGCCAACAGUUUGCUAUUAUCAACCAGAAUCGUGUCAACUGCUAAAAGAGCAGACAGUUGGUCUCAGCAUUAGAAGCUUCAGUGUAUUGCCGCCUCUUAAGGAGUCCAGGAUCUUUUUAAAAUCAGUGCAGCCCACAGAUUGGCAUCCAGCAGAGGAAGACAAGAACAUGACGCCCAGAGAUACCAGUGUUGAAGGUAAAAUAAGUGCAGGAAAUGAUAUCAAAACUCUCAUGGACUUCACCCCAGGAGAGAAUAGCUACAAGUGUAAAGGAGCUCUCGGCACAAAACACUGUCUGUCCCAGGACAAUACUCAACUGCCUUCUACUUAUAACAUCAAUUUUCAAAAUAAGUACGAAUUUCACUCCAGCGCCUUGCCCCAGUUUCCUGCACCCUUGGGACGAAAUUUCAGGCAGGAAGAACUGACGAGGUCUUCAACCAGGAAUAACACCAGCCAUAGAUUGUUUUCUAGCCACAAAACGAGAGAUCUGAAAAGACCCGAAGCUCACCGACUAAUGCUUAUAGGAACUAGAGUUCACAUGCCUUUGUGAUGAAUAUCAUUUUUCUUAGUUGCACCAGACUGUACAAAGUAGUGCAAUACUGUUUUUAAAUGGCAGGAAUCCAAACACAUGCUCUACGUGUAGCAAUAUAUGAAAUAUUAUUUUGCAACUAAAAUAUAUUUUCACGUCUGCUUUUAUUUCUGAGCCUACAGCAGCCUGUUAUUUUCAAAUUUAUAAAUAGAUGUUGGACAUAAAGGUGGUUUCAAAAGCAAUAAUAUUAAAAUCAAGGCAACAAG